GCUGAACCACAUAACAGUUUGUGCAAAUGGAUCAUGAGCAUCUUUGAGAUUUCAUGCUCCAUUUCAAAAUUGGGCUCAUUAUGAUGGCUUUAAUAUCUUGACCCAAAGAUCAGAUAUUUUUUUGUCUGAUAAACAAAACAAGAGAGUGCAUGUCAAACUAUUAUAUGUUUAAAAUAUACUAUUUGACAAAUAUGUCACAUCAUGUGAAUAAUUGAAAUUUAAUUAUGCAUUCUCCUCUUCCAUAUUAAUACAUUAAAUGCCUUCUCACAGAUGCACACGUAGAUAUGGAGUUUGAAGCAUAUGUGCAGAAAUUAUAAUCUCUGUACUUUAUGCCACCGUGCUCUAUUCUCUCUAUGCCUUUCCCUCUCUGUGUAUGUGAGUCACUUGCUGAGUAGUACAUGUACCUCCAUGCAGGCCUGUGUGAGUCCUAUUGUGCCCCCCUUACUGGUACAAAAGAUUCUGUUCUUAUGGAAAUAAAGUCCACUGCAUUGGCUCCUGAUAUCUCUCCAAGUGGGGACACUCAACCCUUUAUUCCUCUUUUAGCUCCAUCACCGUUGACACCAUUCACAAAUAACACUGUGCCGAUAUUAUCAGGACUCUGUACAUUAAAUUUUUCAGCUGCUGAAAGUGUGAUAAGCAUAACAGUAACCGACUGCUGGGCUUCUUUUGCACCAUAUUUGGCUAAUGUAGUAUGUUGUCCUCAAUUUGAUGCCACACUAGUGAUUAUUAUAGGACAGUCCAGUAAAUACUCUGGGAUCCUUGCUUUGAACAGGACUCAUUCUAAGCAUUGCCUCUCAAACGUUGGGAAGAUCCUCGUGAGUCAAGGAGCAAAUGAUAAUCUCCAAAAUAUAUGUUCGUUUCACCUAGAGAACCUCACAAAAGCCUCUUGCCCCGUCACUGAUGUUGAUGAAUUUGAGAGGAUUGUGGACUCCUCUGGACUUUUGGCUGCUUGUGGAAGGAUUGAUCCUGUUAAUGAGUGUUGUAACGAAGUUUGCCAAAUUGCUAUACUAGAUGCUGCUAGAAAAAUUGCGUUAAAUGGUAUGUCAAAUACGGAUGGGGCCUCUAUCUCACCUGAUCUCUCAAGAAGGAUUGAUGAUUGCACAAAUCUUGUCCUCCGAUUUCUGGCCAGUAGACUUGAUCCUUCUUCAGCAAAUAGUGUUCUUAGAGGACUUUCAAAUUGCAAUGUAAAUAAAGUCUGUCCACUGGUUUUUCCCAACAUGACAGAUGUUGUGAAAGAAUGUGGAAGUGUUAUAAGUAACCAGCCUUCCUGCUGCAAAUCCAUGGAGAGUUAUGUGUCCCAAUUGCAACAGCAGAGUUUCCUCACCAACUUGCAAGCCUUGAAUUAUGCUGCAUCACUUGGCAUGAGGUUACAGAAAGCCAAAAUCUCCUACGAUGUUUAUAAUCUUUGUCAUAUAAACCUCAAAGAUUUCUCUCUUCAAGUUGGAUCACAAGAGUCUGGCUGCCUUUUACCAAGCUCACCUUCAGAUGCAACAUAUGAUAAAACUUCGGGGAUCAGCUUCAUUUGUGAUCUUAAUGAUAACAUAGCUGCUCCUUGGCCCUCUAAAUCUUAUGUACCUGCUUCUUCCUGCAAUAAAACAACCAAACUUCCAGCACUCCCCACGGCAACCUCUUCACAAAGUGGUCAUUGCACAGAAGACUUGAUGUUUACGCUACUCAUGAUCUUCUCACUAGUUAUCACGAUGCUUCUUUGAUUUUAGUUUCCACCGUUCUUUAGUCCUUUUUGGCCACAACAGAAGCUCCUAUUUGUGCUGGAUAGCCUGGUCUAAAUCUGGAGAGGAGAAAAAGAAAGAGGAGUGGGCCUCUAUAGAGAAUUCCUGAUUUGGAUGUGAGCAAUCACAUGUAAUUAUUUUUUUGUAAAAUCAAUUAAAACGAAGAAGGUAAAGUUAUAUGCCUGCUUAUAAAGUGUGUAAAUUAAAAGAGUGCACUGUGUACAUUAUCUGUUUCGUUCUUUUUAU